CUGCUGCUGCUGUCAGUACGGACCAGAAUACAAGCAGCUCGGGGUUAUAUCUGGAGAAUUUAAGAACGUAAAGUUUUUAUAUCUGUUUGAUUAUGUUCAUUCACAUUUUUCUACGAAAAAUGAGAAUUAUAGAAGUCUGAAUAAAUUCACAAACACUCGGUUUUACUGUUAUGACUGGCCUGGAGUCUAACCAGAACACCAUCCCACCCCUGUUUGGCUGUAAUGGUUUGGUCCGUUGCUGUGCUGUUGUUGUGUGUGUAGAUGUUUCUCCAGGGUGAUGGAGGCGAAGAUGAUUUAGUCACUUCUGACUCAAAACGUUGAAAGAAACAUUCACUCAGCUGUCGUAAUUAAGAACCACAACAGUCGUGAAAAUGUCCGGUAUAAGGACAGUAAACGGAAAAGUGUCAGGAGUGAAUCCGGCCGUCAGCUGCUGUCGUCUCCGUCAGGUCCAGUCUCUGCUCUGUGAACCUGGAGCUACAACUCCUGAUGGCAUCCUCUGCUCUCUUGGCAUUGAGAGCAGAUACAAUGUCGGCUGCACGGAACUGGCCAAGUACCUGUUCUAUGGACUGUAUGGACAGAAUCCUGUGACUCUGGAACACAGUCUUGAUGAAUUCCCUGAAGAAAUGCUGGACGAUGUUAUCCUGCUGAUCAAGGCUGACUGUGUUCAUCUGUACUGCAACCCACUCAACUACACUUACCUGCUGCCCUAUGUCUCACAUUGGAGGAACCUGCAUCUGUACUGCAUGACAGAAGCAGAGUAUGAAGAUGAAGAAGCAGCAGAGGAAUUUAAAAUCUCCAGUUUUGUGUCAAUGGUGCAGGACUGUUACAACAUUGGCGUUCCUUACAGUGCCCAAGGACAUAUCCAAAAAUUUGACAUGUUCAUGGUGGAGAAAUGGCCUCUGAUCCAGGCCUUUGCCCUGGAAGGCAUUGGUGGAGGAAGCUUCUUUACACUAAAAUACAAGUUGAUGGACAUUAGUGAAAAACUGUGGCAGAUUUACAAUAGACUGGACCCAGUGUCUCUGGACAGUCUGUUGGCUGAGGACCUGAUAAGUUUUGAAAAACAAUGGAGUCACUUUUUCUCCAGCAUGGACCUGGAGAGUCACCUUUCUAUCCUGGAACUAUCUGAAGCUCAGGCAGGAGAGGCUUUCCGUACAUAUUACUGUCAUGGACUGAUCUCCAGCAACAUUACAGAUAAAAGUAAAAAUCUGCAGCCGUUUGUGCUGUUUGGAAAACAUUCCUCAUCAGAAGAUUUGGAGAACUAUUCCUUCAGCUUUCCAUCAGAGAGUCAUCAGGUCAGAAACACAGGAUGUCAUGGAUCUGCAGCCACGCAAAUGAUUCUUCAGUGUGUGGCUCCUAAAGGACCUCUGUCCUGCUCUAGAACGUAUUUCUUUGGAACCACCCAUUCUCCUUACCUUGGAAAUCAAAAGACAGAGCAGAGAAGGACUGAGGCAUUACUCUUGUCCCAGGUUUAUUCAGCUUCUAUCCAGUCAGUUCUUUCUGGAAUAGAAUGCUACUCCUGCACGUCCAGUGUUCCUAAGGCUAAGGAUGUGGCUGAGAACACCUUCUUCAUGGCUUUGGACGCCAUGAAUUUAAGUCAGUAUCGCAGUGUUCUCAGGUCCAAAUGUAAAUUCCACAUCCAGGCUGUUAACAAGCAGGGCAGGAUUAUUCCUUUAACGGAUGAAGAAAGUCGUUAUGCAGUUAAAACAGCAUCCAUGACUAUUGUGGACAUCCCUAAACUGCAGACAGACUCUGAGCAUCUGGGCUCUGUUGUCUUCUCUGAGUCCUUCUUGGAGUCAAGUAUCAACAUUCAACAAAAAGAUGGCACUGUGUCCUCAGACAGCUGCUACACUAUCCUGACCACCUCUGUGCCCCGCUAUGCCUGCUGGAUGAUGGAGUCUGAUGUGAAGCAGUCAGAGCGAGCUCAGCAUGUCAUCAAGAACGAGGAAGACUGCUGUUUGGGAUCGGCCCUGACUGGAGCAGAUGUAGCCUAUGUGUUCUCCAGAAGUCAGCUGUCAACUCCUGAAGAAGGGAAGAUAAUGUUCUUCUCUGAGGGACUCAUGUUUCUUCAUUCUCAACACGGAAGCAUCACUCUCUCAAAGGAUCACAUUAAGAACAUCAAGCUCUAUGACCCGGACUCCUGCUCUGUGGCCUCACUCUUUGUGGAGUACCACAGCACUUUUCUGCCCCACCUCCCAUUUCCUCUCCACAGCUCAGACCAGUGCCUGGUCUUUGCCCUUCAGCCAAGGUCCAAAGGUCACAGGAGCUUCUACACCAAGGUUUUGUCAGUUUGGCAAAAGUCGGAAGAAUCUGGACUCAUCCUGCAGCUGCUGGACCAAGAGAAGAUGACUGGGAUCCAGCAAGGCAUGUACACCAGGCUACAGAAGCUGCACCACAGCCAGGAGCCUCCAGUGGCCAAACGUAGAGGACACCUGAAGUCUUCCUACUCCCAGCUGCCAGAACAGGACAUGUUUCUGCAGCACUUUGCCCUGAGCAGCAUCAGUCAGGAGCCCAUUCUAAGUGAGCACCUGGGAGCACUGUUCCCUUCUGCAGAGAUGAAGAACACAGUGGGUGGACAGGGAGAGAAGGUCAUCGUCACCGUCAUCACUGGACUGCCGGGCAGCCACAAAGAGAGACUCUGCGACUUCCUGGUCCAGCUGAACAAGGAUCAUGGACGGUGGGUGGUGUACAAACCUGACAGCUUCUCAGCCUCUCACCUCCAGCGGUAUUUAUCCAGCCUCCUGCAGAGCCAGAGAGGCCCAGGAGGGAAACCCCGUCUGUUGGUGCUCUCACCUGGAUACACCGAUGUUCUGGAUAUCGUCAAGGCUUUGCUCCUCCAUCCUGACCCAGUUAUCCGAGCAGGUUUCACCAUUGGUGCUGUCACUGCCUGUGUGGAGCCACUGGCUUCUUGCUUGGAGCACAGGUUUACUUUCCCCAAGAUGUUGGAACAGUGCAGCCAAGGUCUUGUGACUACAGUGGUGUUCACUGGCCUGGCAGCAGAGCUGAAGAACCCUCUCAUGCAGCAUGUUCAGCAGCUGGUACGCUCUGCCAACCCCACUGCUGCCUUUGUACAGGCAGAGAGAGGAGCUGUCACCAGGAGUGAAGAUGUUAAUCUGAUAUUGUCCGCCAGCAACUUCAGUGAGCCACAGAUGCUUAGGGCACGUUAUGUCCUUUAUCCUGGAUGGUGCAAAGGACGUUUUCUCUCUGGUUCAGGGUCUCUGGUCCUCAACCAGCAUCACCUGGCUUUUAACCGUCCACUGGAGAGGGAUCUGUUUGUGACUCGCUGCAAAGCCAUCAAGUCAUCACUAGCACCAAGCCCUUUCCACGGAAACAUGUACAAUAUUUGGGGAAAAGUCCGAUUCUCUGACUCAGAGCGCAGGAUGGAGGUGGGCUUCAACACGGUGAGCGGCAGCCUGAGCAUCAUCCCAGAUCAGAGCGGUGACCACAGACUCAGCAACUGCUUCCUGGUUUUUGAUGGCGUGGCUCUGACAGAAGACAGCCUAAAGGACUGGGUCAGGCUGUGCACCAAGCAGAGAGAGAUGAAGAAACCUAAGAAGACCAAAAACACUCUCUCACCACAGGAAAUCAAGGCAAUCCAUAUGAAACGCUGUUUGGAGCCAUUGCCACCAGGCUACUUCUACAACGGCUUUCAGUACAUGGACAUUUUUGGAGAAAAAAGCUGCUUUCAUCCUCACAUGGAGGAGUUUGUGAAGCAAUACAUCACUGAGGCCAACAAAGAGAUUGAGCUUUUUAAUCGUCAGCUGGAACUGCAGGAGCAGCCAGACCUGUUUGGUCCAUGAUGGAGACCAUGUGUUCCACCACCAUCUUCAAGUAACUGACCAGAGAGGGAGGGAGGGAGGGAAGGACGGUCCAUCAUCCAAACACCACUGAAUGGUCAAUAGAUAAUUAUACUGUUCAGUUAAUUUUCUGUCUCCUAAUGUGGGGGAGAAGAUGACAUCAUCCACCAGGGGCCACAUGACCUUGUCACAUGAUGGUCAUUUGACGCACAUAGUGCUGCUAAAUGAGCAGUCACUAACCCUUGAUCAAUGAGUUCAUUGUUUUAUUUUGGGGAUUUUUUUAUCAAACCUAGUAAAUGAAUAGUGUCACUCUGAGUAAUUCCAUAUAAAACUGCUGAACAGUCUGAAACACAGGGCUAACCAUUGGCUAAAACCCCAGUGAUUGUGACCAUGACACUUUCACAAUCAGGGAAUUUCCAGCCUGCGGCUGCUCCAGCUUCUGCCUUUCUGUUUAUCACAGUUGGCAAAUGAAAGCCUCUAUUUCUGGACAGGCUUGGAGUGCCGUGUGAUUCUGGUGAGCUCCCCGGUGGGCUUUCUCAAGAAUCGCUCCUCCUCUGUUGUCACCCAAUCCACAGCCCACCUGUUGGUUUGUCUGUGCACUGUGCUGCAGCAGAGGGGGAGCUUUUGGCCAUCGAGCCGUAAACAUUGGACAGCCUGUUGGCUGCACACAACUGAUGGAUGAUGCCAUUAAUCACAUCGCUGUACACCACCCCAGCUCUUUAUUUUAGGACUCCUGAAGUGAAUCUAAUGAUUCAGUAGUGCCCUUAAGGAACUCUGUUUGUUACAGUGCUGCUUGACCUCCAUGAGAAAACACCUUUUGGUUAAACAUUUCUUUUUGUUUUUGCAACUGUGAAAAAGACAUUACACCUAUGAUACAUAUGGUCAAGGAGAAAUGGGGGCAGAAUAAGGUCCAUUGAGGUUAGGGUUUGGGUGAAGAUAAGUAGCACAUGUACUAAUGGGUAUGAUGUGUGCUUCAGUAUCUGAUGAACAGAGUUACCUGAAUAUUUGCUCUGUGAUCGUGAGUGGUACUAACGUUGUUUUCAAGGUUCCUACACAGGUUUCACAGCAGUACAUUUAGAAUUAUAAACUGUGACAAAAAAUUGAACUCUAGCUAAAAUGACUGAUAAGGAGUGAAACUUGUGUGCAGGAACCCUGGUACUGUCUGGAACUUUAACAGAUUUCAUGUGUCUUUGAGGCAGCAGUGGGGAAUUUGAGGUUUAAUCACUAUUUGAGUUACAAGUUACCAGAGCAGGAAACAUUUGAAUGACAUUUCCAGCAACCAACUUGACCUGUUAGUGACCUCAACCUGACACUGCUGACCCAGUCUGUCCUCCCUUCGAGAUUCUAUUAUAAUCCAAAGCCAUUCCAUUUGCUAGAUGUCAGUCAGGAGAGUAGAUUAAUGACAUGGAGAUGUUUGCUCUAAAUGUUUACCACCCUGGUCUGACCACAGAGAUGGUCAUAAGACCAACACCAAUACAUCUCCUUUCUCCGCUGCUUUUACAGUACCAGCAACUGUAGUAGCAGGAACCCCCUAGAGUGUGAGCUUGUAGGCAUGUUAGUGUUGUGAAAACCAAUUUAAAGUAGACACUUUCCACAGCAGCCUGAACUGUGUUUUGGCAUCUGGACAGUCUGUACUUAACAGAUGGAACUGUUGAAUCGUCACCAUCAUCACCAUGAGCUCAGACCUACCUGCUAACGAGAGAAGAACUCACUGUUUUUAACUUCUCCCUUAAAAAAAAAGAUCUUGUACUUGUGAACCAGGUGCUCUGCUCCAAAGAAGACUUCUGUCAGAUAGAGCCACCAGGAAGUCUAGAACUUUUAGGAAUUUCGGUUCUGUGAUCAUUUUCCAUAACCGAAAAAUUGUUUUCAUAUGAACCUUUUCAUACUUGGUGGGAGUUUCUGCAGUGAGUUGUUCUCUUCAAGAUAUCUAUCUGUGUUACUACAUAUAGUCAUACAUACAUACAUAUAUACAUACACAUAUAUAAAUAUAUAGGCAUAUAUAUAUCUAUAUGUAUGGCAUAAUUCUCCUGGCAUUUUGGGCCAAACAAACUUAAGAGUCCUGCAGCUAGACUAUGUGUGCUGCUGCUGAGUUCUAGUUUUUCAGUCUCAUCUGCAGUCAAACAUUGCACAUGAACAAAUAAAUCUAAAAAUGAUCCUGAUAAAACGGACUGCUGACAGAUGAACGACCUGUGUCUUCACCGGCCAGGAUAACCUGCAGCACAAAUCCUCUGUUGACGAAAUGAUUACUCUUGAUUAGGGCUGAUCCUGGCUGAGGGAUUCAGAGAUAAACUCUGUUUUCAGCAACAGUUGUCCUUAUGCAAUACUGCAGAGGCUUCACCCUGACAGACAGUAACACUGCUGCCAUGCUGACGUAAGGCAGGGGAGCUACUGAAAUGAUGGUUGACCAAAACCAGUCCUAGAAGAGUCCAGGGUUAGUGUUCGAUGUUAGACACUUUUAAUAUUUAGAACCGUUAUCACUGGCGGUGUGUUCACAGCAAAAUGAGAAGCACUUUUUUUCUAAUGAGACUGCACACAGAAGGAUGGAUAGAAAACUUCCUUCUCUAAUUUUCAAUAACCUGCAAUAAAAGAUGAUAAUAAUAAUGAGACAACUGAAAGAUAGUAAAGAAUUAUCAUGUGAAACUGAAAAAGCUGGGACACACAAACCCGCUUCUCAUUUAUGGUGAGCACACUGUACAGUUUAUAGUCAUUGAUAUAUUAACUUAUAUAACCAGUUCAUCUCUACUAUUCUGCACGAGUAAAUAUCAGCUGGGGUGGGGCGAUAUGAAAAAAGAAAGUAGUUUAAACUGCAGCACUG